AAGCAUUCGCGACGUGAAUUUCCUUCGGUUAGGAGGGCACAUUUAAUGGUCAAGCAUGGGCGAUUGCAUCGCCGACUCUCCGUUGCGGAAAUCAUCUUCCUGGCCUGUAUCUCGACGUGGUAUUCUUCAAAAAAACCCUGCGGAGUGGACAUUUUCGGAAGCAGACUGGUUUUCGCUUGAACUCCCGCGUUUGAAUGUGCAUUUGCGGGAAUUUCAAAAGAGUAAGGUCGAGAUCGGAAGGCGGUGUGGAGAGGGAAGGAGACGGGUGACGGAGUCGGCUGAAAUGGGAUCAAUUCUACCGUUAGGUUUGAGCAGCAGGAGGUGGUAACUGUCUAUUACGUGACGGAUCUUGUAAAUCUCUUUUUGUAUCACAAACUCCUACUCUACUUCCCCUCUGCAUCUCCACCUCUCCCCCUCCCGCGCUCUCUCUUUCUCGUCGCAGCGUUUCUCGCUUUCUCGGCAGAUUCGCGGCGAUUGUAGCGACUUGUGUUCUUAUUUUUGUGUGGAUUUACGUUGUGCUUGUAUGAUUUGAUGACUGAGUUUGUAAUUCGGGAGCAAGGAUCUGGGAGGAAUAAUGCGAUCGUUGGGUGUGGCUGGCGUUGUUGUGUGUGUCAGCGGAGAGUGCUGAGCGAGAAUUUUGUGUUAAUCUAGUUGAAUUUCGGAGAUGCUGUGGUCUGCAUGUUGAGCAGACAUGUCCAAUGUAUCUCGAUUUUGUUCUUCUUAGAUUUGAGUGGUUUCAUGAGCUGGAAAAGGCUCAGCAAACUUUGUAAAGAUAUUGGGUCAGUUGCCCUUGGGUUCAUGGCAUCCUUUGCAUUUUACCGGCAAAGAAUCGGAAGUAGAUAUAUGCCUAGAUUAUCGUCAAGAAUUUAUUCCACGUGACGAAGCUUAUAUGUAUCCUCAGCUAGUAAGGAGGCGAAUAGCAAUCUGAAAUCCUCCAAAAAGCAGGGGUUGUCUACGAGCAUGACGACGGAGCGUGAAGUCUCUCAUCUCCAGGCGUGCAGUAGUCAUGACAUCGAUUGUCCAAUUUCCAAAAGUUCCUCAAAUCAGUCGCCUCCAAAAUGCCGGUCUUCUCGCCGUGCAUCAAACAUACAGUAUGUUUUGCAGAGAAAUUUGAAUGAAGUGUCUCUACUAGAUCUUCUUAGAUUGGCCAGGCGGCUCAAAUAUCCAACCCUCACCACUUUGCGCUUGUUUGUUUCUUUGGAGGAUCAGCCACGUGUAGCUCUGCAUUUUGGCGCUGCGGAUCAGAGGACAACGGAUGCUCUGUUCGCAUUCACGAGGGCGCUUGCACGUGCCGUUGAAGGAUGGAUGCAGACUCUGGAAUUGGGAGUAUGCUUGGGACUACGUGACAUCAACACAAUGUGCCCUGCUAUACGUUCCUCCAGGACACUUCGACACCUUUCAUUCGCAAACAGCAGACUUGGAGAUGACAUCCUUCAAGUGCUGGUGUUUAUCGAUCAUCAUCUACUUAGUCUACCGUGUCGUAUCUGCUCAAUACCUAGCCAGCAUGCACGAGCUUGUUCUGCUUGUAUAGUUGCACCGGUUCAUCGAAGUUUCAAUAGCUGCAUAUUCAUUGUAUUAAAUUGUCACUGGCUUACAACAUCUUUGAAUUCGCAGGCUUCGAGUCUCCAGCAUUGUCAACCUUUGCAGAUCUUGAAUUUAUCAGGAUGCGCCCUGACGGAUGUAUCGGCUGCUGUUAUUACUGCUGUUGUUAAGGGAGAGAUAUCAAGCUCGCGCCCUCAAUCACAAAAUCUGAAGAAAAAGUUGCUAGCUGAACAUAGAUCACCGAAGUAUGGUCAGCAAUGGCGACAGAAUGUUAUUCUUGUUGGGAAAUGGUCACCUGCACCGGAUCCCGUGGACAGCAAUGCCAUAACAUCGAGAACAGAAAUGAGCUGGGAAACUACUCUGCGAAAACCCACGAUAGUCGGCAGCAAUCGCCAUGAAGUCGUUGGCAAGUCGACCAAGGCAACUAACUUUGGCUUGGUUGCUCUUGACCUCUCCUGCAACUCCUUUACCGACGCCCUCUCUGAGGAGCUCUGUCCUCUGCUAUACAAGAAACCCCCUCUUCGUGCUUUGAACUUGAGAUGCAAUCAGAUGACACGAUCGGGAGCGAAACCGUUAUUGGACGUGAUGAAGGAUUUGAGCAUUUUGCGCCUCGUAGACAUGCGUGGCAACACGGAUGAGACUCUCUUAGGAAUCCUAGAAAAUGGAGAGCACUAUACUACGUUUUCUACGUUCCAGAGUCCAUUCUGGAUGGAUCCCGAAUCAUUGGACCCCAUCAUAUGCAGCUCCAUUAAAUGUCAAUCGAACACCUCAGCAAAUCGGUUGAUGUUUACUUCGUCACCUCAAUCGAAUAUGCCUGAGAAACAGCCCAAUGCUCCCAGCACAAGUCAUCACUCGUGUACUCUUAGAGGUGGAGGAGCAGCACGUAUCCUGAGUCCUCGUAAUACCAUCAGUAGAGUGAGGAACGCAGGACGCAAUGACAGCCCUGUCAAAAGCAAUAAAGUCACUCCCAAAUCAAACAUCAACACAAUCUCUUCGAGAGCGAACAUCAGUCUUUCUUGCUCGGGAGCAUCCGUUUCGAACGUGCAAGAUGAGCAUCGGGGAGUCCAUUGCAGGCUGACGAGGCACGGCCACUGCUCGCAUCAUGUAUCGCCGUCUCCGCACCAAGAGAAUGAAGAUACGUCAGAUUACUAUGAGCAUAAGAGAUUCAUCUCCGCUCCAGUGAAGCAAAGACCUGCCGCCAACUCGGCAAGAAUUAGCCCCGCUCGAUCAUUAUGUCCAGAAAGAACCACUUUUGUCGAUCAAAACAGCUAUAGGCCAUCCACCUCAGCGCACAUCAAUCCUUGUGACCAAGACUUGGAUCGCAGGUUCACAUCUCCCAGGACUCUUGACCUGCCGCGAGAGUAUCCUAUCUGGCAUGAUAGACCUGAUGAAAAUUACAUAAGGGGCAGGGACAUUUUGCAUAGAUACCCAAGUGGGGGUAAAAGGGCCCAGAGUGGCAGCUAUAAUGUCCGUAGCUUCAAUAGCCUUGGAGAUUACAACAAUCAGGCCUUUAACAGAGACUACGAACACCAUAACUCUUAUAGAAAAUUGUCCACUUCGCAACCGCCGUCAAGGCGAUGGUUUGCGCCUAUUUACAAUACAAGAAGCGAAAGUCAAGGUAGAAGAUCGCCGGACAAAUCGUCUCCAAUUCGUUGUCACCAUCGAUGCAAGUUACUGAACGAUCGUCAAGAGCAGAGAAAUAUUAGACCAAGGGUUGCGAAGGGCGCUGUGGAAGAUCAUGGACAAUCACUGCACCUCUAUCCAUCGCUGACCAAGCCCGCUCCGCUUUCAAACGACAAAAAAGAACUCGUUGAGUGGAACAAUUUUGUUAACCAAAUGACAAUGACUCUUCUCAAUCUCAAAGAUGGACUCGACCAUUUAAUUGGAUCAGCAGAGGGCGCAGUUGCUCACGAAGCAGCUACCAAGUUCCACCAGAUGCCGAGCUCGUUCUUCAGAUCGGGAAUGCUACGCCUGCUGGGGCGGUCUUGUAAAGUCCUCAACUCUCACUUAACAUCACUCACAAAUAGACACAAGGUAAGCAAACGGCACAUCAACGCAGAGAAUCAGGCUCCCAUGGGUAACGGUGAAACACGGGCAAAGGAAACAUGCUCGAAAAUAGGCGUAGACCAAGAAUCGGUGGGAAAGCAAGAGAAAGGUCAGAAGCCUUUACAGAAUGUGACGCAAUCUGGUCUCUAUAACAGCAAACAGCAGCACCCUCUUGCAGGCCCUCCUCUGACAACGUUGAAGGGAACAAACAUUCCUCAAAUAGCAAAAUACUGCAACCAACUAAUCGCAGGGUUUUAGCCAACUAGCUUGCUGGGUCAACGAGUUUCGUCAUUCUCAAGCUGACAAUUCAAAACGAAUCGCAGUAAGAGCAACGAUCGCAACCAUAUUUUCAAGACGAUUAGAUUUCUACUGCUCAGCUUAAGCGUUUCGUAUUUGAGCUGAAUUCGUAAAAAGUGAUCAACUUUUUAGACACAAUAAGAAAAAUAUGAACCAUUGAAGGGCCAGAGAAGGAUCCAAAUUUUCUCUGUACCAAUUCAGUUUCUUCACUGGCGAUCUUCACAGACAACACUCCAUUAAAGUGUCCAAAAUUCUUUGCAGAUGGACUGCCUCUGACCAAAUCGAUUCUGUUUAAUUCCAAUUGCAUGCUCCUCUUGUGAGCGCACUGUAAACAGAGAAGAGAAUAGAUUCUCCAUAUUGCUUCA